AUGAGUGAGAACGAUGAUGAGUCUACCACGGUUGCGGCCGAGUCACCCGACAUGACAACAGUAUUACGAUCGAUUCAUAGUGAUGAAACACAAUUACGCACCCUGGUGGUGGUAUUAUCAUUAACAGGCGGCCUGGUGCUUGCCUUUAUCCUUGGAUUCGGUAUCUACUUGUAUUGGCAAUGUUGCUCGUCAAGAAGACAGCAAAAAAAGCAACAACGACACCACCAUCAUUCUACAGCCUCAUCCAUGACAACGAUAGACGAUGAAGAGAGCAGUCUAUACCAUAACAACCAUGCCGCUAAAAGCCGAUCCAUGGUGAUUGUUGAUGUAUCCAAUGAUCAGCAGCAACAACAACAACAAUACUGCGGGAGCAUCAAUGAUGAUGAGGAAGAUGGUGUUGGACGAGUUGAUGAGGAUGAAAUUAUACGAGCAGCAGGGGCGGCUAUGGCUCCGUCAGCUCCUUCUGCCAAAGAAUUACUUCAUGUACAAGAACAGCAGCAAUCUUGUUUCUCAGAAUCCUAUCAUGCAUCCACAACCACAACCACGACUACUACUCAUACUGAUACAACCUCAAUGUGGUGUCAUUACCAUAUGAUGCUUGAUCCUCCACCCCCAGCUUAUUCACCUCCACGCGUUGGUGGUGGUCAAGCUAAUAACACUACGACCACUACCACUAGUACAACAACAACCACUCCUGUUCUUGCAUCUUCCAUAUGA